AUGUCGACGCAAAGACACCGGCCCAUCCAAAUUGAUAGUAAAGUAAAUGUGUCGGUAAAAGGAAAAAUUAAAAGCGUUUACUGCAAAAACUUUGUGACAUACGGCGAAUGUACAUUUUAUCCAACAGAGUAUUUGAAUGUAAUUAUUGGACCUAAUGGCACGGGUAAAUCAACACUUGUGGCUGCAAUUGUACUUGGUUUAGGUGGUAAACCUGAGUUACUUUCUCGCUCCAGUUCUAUUGGUGACUAUGUAAAAAAUGGUCGGGAUGAAGCGAUAAUUAGAGUUGAGAUCUUCCGCGAUACUUCUGAUAAAUCAACAAUUUUUGAACGAAGCUUUCCGCGCAAUGGCAAAUCUAAAUAUAAGAUCGGAGAGGACGUGGUACCCGAGAAAAACUAUUUAUCCGCUAUAAUGGAAUUUAAAAUUCAAAUCGGUAAUUUGUGUCAGUUUCUACCUCAGGAUCGGGUGCAAGAUUUUGCCAAAAUGGAUCCACAAAAGAUUUUCUUUAACACAAUCAAUUCGGUUUGUAGUCAUGAAACAAUUAAUACUUUUGAAGAAUUGAAAAAUCUACGUCAAAGCCAGUUGAAUGAAGGCAAUGGUGUCAAAAAGAAAAAAGAGGAGUUGGAGCAAUUGCAAAUACAAUGUAAUUCUUUACAACAACGUUUGGAACGAUUCAACGAACAACAGGAAUAUCAGAAUAAAUUAGAUGUUUGUGAGGCUAAGAAAUUACAUCUAGAGGCGAGCACUUUGGAUGAACAGAAAAAGCAACAAACAAAAGAUUUAACAUUAGCUAAACGAAAGCUUGAAGAAGAUCAGCAGGCAUACGACAACAUUAUGAGGCGGCAAAGCGAAAUAGCAAAAACUUCACAGGAAUUCGCUAGAAAUAUUACUCUCAAGGAGCAAGAAGAGAAAACAGUUUUAACAAAAAAGGAAGGUAUCGAUGAUCAAAUAAAAGCAUUAAAAGACCAAGUUGAGCAGGCUCGGACCAAGUAUUUGAAAAGGAAACGCGAAAAAGCCGAUUACGACAAAGAUUUAGAAGAGGAAACUAAAAUGUUGCAAUUAUUGUUACGAGAUCUUACAAAAGCAAAAGAAAAUUAUGCGGAAAAGGAUUGGACUGCUGAAAUGAAUGUAAUUGCGCGUAAUAUUCAAGACCUUAAAGAACAAUUAGCUGAACAUCUAAAGCAACGUUUAGAAAUUAAUAGAGAACUAGAUGAAAAAUAUGGACCAGAGAUAGGAUUUUUAAGGAGACGCAUAGAACGCUCAAAUGACGUUCAUGCCCAAAAGUUAAAGUUAUUAGAAGAAAAAUAUCCAGAUGUCUAUCGAGCAGUACAAUGGUUAAGGGAUCAUCAGCAAUUAUUUAAGGGAACCGUAUACAAGCCAAUGAUAUUAGAGUUAACCGUAAGAGAUCCCGAACAUGCCAAGUAUUUUGAAAAUACAAUCAAUGCAAGGGAUUUGCUGGCAUUCACUUGUGAGAAUAAAGAGGAUGUUUCACUACUUGUUAAUGAGUUAUGUGUAAAACAAAAAUUACAAAUAAAUGUUGGUCAUGCACCCGCUGCUAACAGAAUAAACUAUCAUGCUGAUAGACCAAUUGAAGCACUAAGGUUUUGUGGAUUCACUGCUUAUUUGAUUGACUUGAUUGAAGGCCCGCCUGCUAUAAUUAAUUACUUAUGCAAUUUAAACAAUAUUCAUAAAAUACCGAUCGGUUCGUCUGAUGUAAAUGACAAAACCGACGACGUACCAAAUAACAUUAAUCUUUUCUUUGGAGGCGAUCAGCGUUAUGCGGUCAGCGUUUCUAGGUAUUCAGGCGAAAAAUCAAUUUUGCAAAAUCAAAUUAGUGGCAGAAACCUAUUGACUAGCAAAAACACCAAUGAGAUCCUUAAAAAUGAGUCACGCUUACGGGAAUUAACACGCGCUAGUGAUACACUAAAGAACCGGCGUUCAACUUUAGAAGCUAAAAUCGAGGAAAUAAAUGUUAAACGCGAAGAAUUAAAGGUUAAAAACCGUACAAUCAACAGUAAAUUAACGGAGAGAGCAAAAUUGGAGGAGGAAUUUCGGAGACAGGCCAUUAAAGUGCAACAAAUGAAAAACAAUGUAAUUAGUUUACCUGAACUAGAACGAAAUCUAACAGAGAAAGUCAAAAGUUGUCUGCAAGAAAUUAUGCAGUUGCAACGGGAAAAAAUUGCACUAUUAAAUGAGUUGCAGCAGGUUUUUGUUGAAAAAAAAGUUGCUGUCAUGAAAGAGAGAAUUUUCAAGCAAGAGAACGAAGAGCUUAUCAGUACAAUAAAGGAGUUAAAAGAUAAUAAGGAUCAAGCAAUGCGUAUGGUGGAAACUGUCACAAGAACUUUAGACAAGACCAAACAACAGUUGGAAACCAAAAUGUCUGAAGCUCGUAAAGCGAAAAGAGCAUGUAAAUCUGUUGAGCUCUUCAAUUCGCUGCCAGAUACUUUGGAUGAACUGAAGGAGUCGAUAAAUGAGUUUAAAGCACGUUUAGAAUGCAUGGGAGAUGUGGAUCAAAAUAUUGUUGCAGAGUUCAGACAAAAGUCUGCAGACAUUGAGAAAAUCAAGGCAGAUAUGCAAAAUGCUGAGUAUAAUCGUCAAGAUAUGUCCACACAGAUAAAUGCACUACAUGAGGGCUGGUAUUCCGAAAUAGCAAACAUAGUCAGCACUCUAAAUAAACACUUUAGUGAUUUUAUGUCAUCUAUGGGUUAUGUGGGCGAAGUGAACUUAGUACGGCGUGAUGAGCAUGAUUACGACACAUACGGAAUACAAAUCAUGGUGCAGUAUCGUAGUAAUGCACAGUUGCAGGCGCUUGAUCGGCACACACAAUCUGGCGGUGAGCGAGCUGUGGCAAUUGCGACCUACACUUUGUCCUUACAACAUAUCACGCACGUUCCAUUUCGGUGUGUAGAUGAAAUUAAUCAAGGCAUGGACGCAAAUAAUGAACGCAAAAUAUUUGAAAUGCUUGUUAAGGAAACAACUCAAGUUGGACGCGCACAAUAUUUUUUUGUUACCCCAAAACUUCUGCCCAAUUUGAUUUACAACGAACGCAUGACCGUGCACAUUGUAUUUAAUGGAAAAAUGAUGAAUUCCCAAAAUGCCUUCGCAUUCCAAAUAUAAUAUUAUACAGCC